AUGGUCCUUUUGCUGUUCCUUGCAAUCCUGUUAUUGAAGGAAGAUGUCAGUGGGAACUUCAGGUUUCUGGUUUCUGCACAGUCCAAUGAAAGAAGGGUGGUUGCACACAUGCCUGGUGAUAUUAUCAUUGGAGCCCUAUUCUCUGUUCACCAUCAACCAACUGUUGACAAGGUUCAUGAGAGGAAAUGUGGAGAGGUAAGAGAGCAAUAUGGCAUUCAGAGAGUGGAGGCUAUGCUGCAUACCCUUGACAGAAUUAAUUUGGACCCCACACUGUUGCCAAAUAUAACGCUAGGAUGUGAAAUAAGGGACUCCUGCUGGCAUUCUGCCGUGGCUCUGGAGCAGAGCAUUGAGUUUAUAAGGGACUCUCUUAUUUCCUCAGAAGAGGAGGAAGGGUUGGUGCGAUGUGUGGAUGGAUCUUCAUCAUCUUUCCGUUCCAAGAAACCCAUUGUUGGUGUCAUUGGACCUGGCUCUAGCUCAGUUGCUAUCCAGGUCCAGAACUUGCUGCAGCUUUUCAAUAUACCUCAGAUUGCUUAUUCUGCCACAAGCAUGGACCUAAGCGACAAAACCCUGUUCAAGUAUUUUAUGAGAGUUGUGCCAUCUGAUGCACAGCAAGCACGAGCCAUGGUGGACAUUGUCAAACGCUAUAAUUGGACCUAUGUUUCUGCUGUACAUACUGAAGGAAACUAUGGUGAAAGCGGAAUGGAAGCUUUCAAAGACAUGUCAGCCAAGGAAGGGAUCUGCAUUGCACACUCCUACAAGAUCUACAGCAAUGCUGGGGAACAGAGCUUUGACAAGCUGCUGCGAAAGCUACGGAGCCAUCUGCCCAAGGCAAGAGUGGUCGCCUGCUUCUGCGAAGGCAUGACUGUGAGGGGGCUGUUAAUGGCUAUGAGGCGCCUGGGACUUGCUGGAGAAUUUUUGCUACUAGGCAGUGAUGGCUGGGCAGACCGGUAUGAUGUGACAGACGGGUAUCAGCGUGAAGCUGUCGGUGGAAUAACGAUCAAGCUCCAGUCUCCUGACGUGAAAUGGUUUGAUGAUUAUUACCUACAGCUUCGGCCAGAAACCAAUCACCGAAAUCCGUGGUUUCAGGAAUUUUGGCAGCACAGAUUCCAGUGCCGAUUGGAAGGGUUUCCUCAGGAGAAUCCUAAAUACAACAAGACUUGUACGAGCCAGAUGACCCUGCGGACGCAGCACGUGCAGGACUCCAAAAUGGGCUUCGUAAUCAACGCGAUCUAUUCCAUGGCGUACGGCCUCCACAACAUGCAGAUGUCGCUGUGCCCGGGCUACGUGGGCCUGUGCGACGCCAUGAAGCCCAUAGAUGGCCGCAAGCUCCUGGAAUCUCUCAUGAAGACGAAUUUUACCGGCGUCUCUGGGGACAUGAUCUUGUUUGACGAGAACGGCGACUCGCCAGGAAGGUAUGAAAUCAUGAAUUUUAAGAAAAUGGGAAAGGACUACUUUGACUAUAUCAACGUUGGCAGCUGGGACAAUGGUGAACUGAAAAUGGAUGAUGAUGAAAUAUGGUCAGAGAAAAAUAAUAUCAUCAGAUCAGUCUGCAGUGAGCCAUGUGAAAAAGGCCAGAUAAAGGUGAUCCGCAAAGGAGAAGUCAGUUGUUGUUGGACUUGUACUCCUUGUAAAGAGAAUGAAUAUGUCUCUGAUGAAUACACAUGCAAGGCCUGCCAGCUCGGCUCCUGGCCCAAUGAUGACCUUACAGGUUGUGACCUCAUCCCGGUCCAGUAUCUCAGAUGGGGCGAUCCUGAGCCCAUCGCAGCAGUUGUUUUUGCGUGCCUGGGUCUGCUGGCCACCUUGUUUGUUACGGCUAUAUUCAUAAUGUACCGUGAUACUCCAGUGGUCAAGUCAUCCAGCCGAGAACUCUGCUACAUCAUUCUAGCUGGCAUCUGCUUGGGUUACUUGUGCACUUUCUGUCUCAUUGCAAAACCUCAACAGAUUUACUGUUAUCUUCAACGAAUUGGCAUUGGUCUCUCCCCAGCUAUGAGUUACUCUGCUCUAGUAACUAAAACCAACCGCAUUGCAAGAAUCUUGGCUGGCAGCAAGAAGAAAAUUUGUACAAAGAAACCUAGGUUCAUGAGUGCCUGUGCCCAACUGGUUAUUGCAUUUAUCUUGAUAUGUAUCCAAUUAGGCAUAAUUGUUGCUCUCUUUAUAAUGGAGCCACCAGAUAUAAUGCAUGAUUACCCAAGCAUCCGAGAGGUCUACCUGAUUUGUAACACCACCAACCUGGGUGUUGUAACUCCCCUUGGAUAUAAUGGAUUAUUAAUUCUGAGUUGCACCUUUUAUGCAUUUAAGACAAGAAAUGUCCCAGCUAAUUUCAAUGAAGCAAAAUAUAUUGCCUUUACAAUGUAUACCACCUGCAUCAUUUGGCUAGCUUUUGUGCCAAUAUAUUUUGGAAGCAACUACAAGAUAAUCACCAUGUGUUUCUCAGUGAGCCUGAGUGCCACGGUGGCCCUUGGCUGUAUGUUUGUGCCCAAGGUCUAUAUCAUCCUUGCUAAGCCGGAAAGGAAUGUACGGAGUGCAUUCACCACAUCAACUGUGGUCCGCAUGCAUGUAGGAGAUGGGAAGUCAUCUUCAGCUGCAAGCCGCUCAAGUAGCCUGGUGAACCUGUGGAAAAGAAGGGGAUCAUCUGGUGAAACCCUUAGGUACAAAGGCAGGAGACUGGCCCAGCACAAGUCGGAAAUAGAGUGUUUCACCCCAAAAGGGAGUAUGGGGAAUGGUGGGAGAGCUACAAUGACCAGCUCUAAUGGGAAAUCAGUUUCCUGGGCCCAGAAUGAGAAGAGCAGCAGAGGAGCACACCUUUGGCAGCGGCUGUCAAUCCACAUCAACAAAAAAGAGAACCCCAAUCAGACUGCAGUGAUCAAGCCUUUUUCUAAAAGCACAGAUAGUAGCCGACACAGUAGCAGUGCUACAAUUCCUGAGACCAGUGCCAAAACGCUUUACGAUGUUUCAGAAGCAGAAGAGCAAUACCCAGCUCAGUAUCGACCGCAGACUCCCUCACCUAUCAGCACCGUGAGUAACCGAACUGCCUCCGUCAGCCGAACAGAAGAUGAUGUCCCUACCUUCCAGACAGAGCAUGCCCAGCGCAGUAGCUCCUCUCAAGGCUCUCUCAUGGAGCAGAUCAGUAGCGUGGUUACUCGCUUUACAGCCAACAUCAGUGAGCUGAACUCAAUGAUGCUUUCAACAACCACUCCAGGGACAAUGGCAGCCACUCCUCUCGGCUCUUCGUACCUGAUCCCGAGGGAAAUCCAGCUCCCUACGACAAUGACCACAUUUGCAGAGAUCCAACCACUUCCUGCCAUUGAAGUCAAUGGCGCUUCGCAGUCAGCGAGGAAACCUUCAAGUGACAGUGUCAAAGAAGGCACUUCAGAGACCCCCACAGCAAAGCAAGACCUUGAGGAGUUGGUAGCUUUAACUCCUCCUUCUCCUUUUAGAGACUCUAUUGAUUCUGGAAGUGCAUCUCCCAGCUCUCCAGUUUCUGAAUCAGCUCUCUGUAUCCCGUCCUCCCCAAAGUAUGACACACUCCUCAUCAGAGAUUAUACUCAAAGUUCUUCUUCGCUGUGA